UUUUUUCAGUCUUGACUAGUUAUUCGGUGAGUGAGGUCCACAUAAUGUAGAGGUAGUGUGUAGAGGCUACAUUUACUUGGUGGAACAAGUAUCUCUAGAUAGAGAAGGAAUACUUAAAUUUGUUAUAGAGGAGACCGCGAGUGUGAGCAAGAGAGAUUUAAUUGUGACGAUGGUUGGAAGUGAGGUGGAAAAGAAUUUGUGUUGAUUUUCUUGUUUGAUUUAAAGCAUUUUCUUCUACUCCAAUUAAAAGAACUUCUAAAUUAUGUACUUACAUCAAGUGAAUACGUAAAAGAUAAGAAUGGAAAAAAUUAGGCAUCUCACGUGAAUUUAUUGAUAAUUUUAUACAGUGAAAAAGAAAAAGAAAACAACUCAAAAGAAUCAUGUUGGAACGAGAACUUGUGCAAAUAGACAAUGAAAAGUGCCGAAGGGAACGCGAAGUUUGUUUAUCGGGAUCGCGAAUUGAUCUCUCUUCCCUCUGUGGUGGACAAAGAAGCGGUAGAAAUGGGACUUUGGAUCCCCUGGGGAACACCCUACCGCCCCUUAGUCCCCAAAGUAAUAACAAUUCAUCAUCCAUGGAUCACCUUGAUACAACUAAAUCAAUUCCAAUGACACCCACAGAAGUACUGGAACUCUACAAUAGCCGAUUAACCGAAUACGAACGUCAAGAAGUUGAAAAGUAUCCAGAAAUUUGGUAUCUUGGUUUAGAUGCAUGCAAGAUUAAUGCUAAACCAGGAACUGCCCUCAACUGUGGGUAUGAUUACGACAAUGGAAGUUACAAUAAGGUGGUCCAUGACCAUAUCAGCUAUAGAUAUGAAAUUCUUGAGGUCAUUGGUAAAGGAAGUUUCGGGCAGGUGAUUCGAGCUCUUGACCACAAAACAAAUCAACAUGUUGCAAUUAAAAUCAUAAGGAAUAAGAAAAGAUUCCACCAUCAAGCAUUGGUGGAAGUGAAAAUUCUGGAAGAACUGCGAAAGAAAGAUAAGGAUGGAUCUCACAACGUUAUCCACAUGUUGGACUAUUUCUACUUCCGGAAUCACCUCUGUAUCACAUUUGAGCUGAUGAGUCUGAAUCUGUAUGAAUUGAUAAAGAAGAACAACUACCAAGGAUUCAGUUUGAGUCUUAUAAGGAGAUUUUGUAACUCCAUAAUCAAAUGUCUCAGGCUCUUAUAUCAAGAAAAUAUUAUUCACUGUGAUUUAAAGCCUGAAAACGUGUUGCUUAAGCAACGUGGUAGUAGCUCUAUUAAGGUGAUUGACUUUGGAAGCUCCUGCUAUGCACACCGUAAGGUUUACACCUACAUUCAAUCACGUUUCUACAGAUCACCAGAAGUUAUUCUUGGAUUACCCUAUGGUACACCAAUUGAUAUGUGGAGUCUUGGCUGUAUAUUAGCUGAAUUAUAUACAGGUUAUCCACUAUUUCCUGGUGAAAAUGAAGCUGAACAAUUAGCGUGCAUUAUGGAAGUAAUAGGCCUACCACCAGAAGACUUGAUAAAUCAGGCAACACGAAAGCGUCUUUUCUUCGAUUCUCGAGGGAGUCCAAGGAGUGUUAUAAAUUCCAAAGGAAGAAAGAGAAAGCCCGGAUCGAGAACUUUAUCAUCUGCUCUCCGCUGUAGUGACAGCUUAUUUGUAGAUUUCGUCAAUCGUUGUCUAGAAUGGGACUAUACAAAGAGAAUGACACCUGAUGAAGCAUCACGACACGAAUGGCUACUACCUAGUGGAUCAUCAAUAUUCAACCACUCCAAGGUUAUCAAUCGUGAACAAUCGCAAGAUACGGAAAAUUCUACAAGUGAUAAUCAACAAGUUGGUCCCGUUGGACAGUCAACCACACUACUGCAACCAAAGCAACAGAGAUCCCUUUUGCAGACACCCAAUAUGACACUACCAGAGUUGAAGACACCAUCAACGAGAAAUGCCCCAAAGACAGCUGGAGAACGGCCUAAAGGUAGGGAAUUGCUACGAUGUGUCCUGCUGAAUCCACCUAAUAUCGGGGAUUCUUCCGCAGGCCUGACCUCAUCUACGAGUAAUCUCGAAAGUGUUGCGUCGGUUGCUAAUCAGCCGCAUGGUCAGUAUUCACUACAUCGAUCCUACCAUGUACGAAAAUCAACGACCAAUGUCACACAGGGGAGUGCCAAGUAUAGUAGUGGAAUGUCACAUUCGCAAAGUACGGGGGAUGUUACUGCAAUGUUUGGGCGAGCUUGACCGCGCUGUGAGCCAAUUUUGACCAGAACGAAAAUUGAUGGUGGACAAAAACUAGUCAGCAUCGUAGGCAAUCGCAUAAAUUGGUGACGAUAAAGGAAACAAUAUUGAGGGAAGCGCUCUUAAUCAUCAAUCAAUGUGUGAUAUUAUAUUAAUGUUUUAUUCAUUUUAUUCCUCUCGUAAAUUAUGAAAACAAAACGUAUACCUAGCAUACCUAGUUGCAUGCUAAAUAUAGGUAUUACAUCUUUUCACUCAUUAGUAUCAUAAAUUAGUUACCCAGUAUUGUUUGUCAUCCAUUUCCAGAACUUUGAAAACUGAAGCAUGAUACAGUUUUUUUUUUAAAUUAAAAUUUGGAUAAAAUAAUGUAGCAAAAAAUGUAUCCCUUUGCUCUAAUAAUUUUGAACAUGUUUAAAUGGAAAUAUUCAUUACAAAACCAUUCCAUAGUAUUGAGCAGACCAUAAUACAAAUUAAACUUAACCAUUUCCAUGCAAUCAAUAGAUUAGAUUCUUCGAAAGUAAAUUUAUUUUCUGCCAAAUAUGGUGUAAAGAGAACUAUAUCACUGCUUUAUUUCUUCUUUAUUGAAAGUAUAUGUAUGUAAAUGUAGGUACCUAUACAAUGUAAAUUUUAUCUAAAAACAAUAUUAUAAUUACAUAUAGGAUGGCUAGUAGGUUGGAUUAUGAUUUUAUCAACUAAAACAUUUUGAUUGGAGUGAGAUAUUUGAAAAAUUCUUUUACUAAAAGGUGCGUGAAUUCUUUAUUUGCUUUUUAUUUGAAGUCAAAGUCAAAAUCUUAAGAUUUGUAUCAAAAUAUGGAAAUUACCGACAAAGACGUUUUAUAGUUUCUUAAAAUUUUAGUUUGCUUGCGACGUUCCUCGAGCAUUUAAAUAUUUUGAAAGAAAUGAGUCAAUUUGAAUUACAUUUGGAUUUUUGCUACAGUCUUCUUAAAUAUCCUCCAGACAAAAACCCUCCCAUUCAGCGGGAAUGAAAUCCUUCAAAUUUAGAAUUUCUUCUGAAAUUUCUAGUAUUUUUGGGACCCAAUGAUAGACUUUUUUGUAAAUUAAUUCGUUCAAAAGUUUUUUUUCCUUCUACAAAAACAUCCCCUAGCUCAUUGUAAUUUGAUGAUUUUAUCACGCGUCUUUUGUCGUCAGAAUUUUUUAGAUAUCUCAAUCCUAUCAAAAGUUAUUAGAUGGUAAAAUCAUGUUCUAACUUCUUGGCCACCCUAUAGAUAUGUUUGUUGUAUUAUCCAACCUAUGCUUCAUAUUCUUUUUCAAAAAAAAAAAAACUCCACAAAUAAGAAAUAAAAAAAUCUGACCUACACAACUUGUAUAAAGUAUACUUAUACAUAUAUACAUAUUAUUUCCUCUAGAAGUCGGAUAAAAUUUAUAUAGUUCAUAGUCUUAAAAUAUUGGUAUGUAUUUGCAGUUUUAGUGUAUGUAAAUAAUUAAAUAUUAUAAGCCCACUACAUCAUGUCUUUGGAUUGCUAGUGGCUAAAAAGUCGAUUAUUUAACAUAAUUUGUCAUGAAAGACACGUAUAAAGUUUUUCUUGUGCUAAUUUUGUCUUUCCCAAACUUGCAUGCUGGAUAUCUCAGGUACGGAUUUACAGAUAUAUAGUGCUGAUUUUUUUCUUCAAAUUUAAUAUAGUAAAAAUAUGUAAAACUUUUCACAUGAUGAGGUGGUCUUAAUAUAAUUGUUUAAAAAAAUAAAAUUUUUGCAUAAACAACCAAAAGUGAUAGGAAACAUGGAAUAUAUACUCGUAUUUAAAUAAAAUAGGAUACAAAAUAUAGUGUUCGAAAUCAUGUAACAAAACUGUGUAUUCUUUAAGACUGUUCUGCUCUCCUAUAACUUUUCAAUAUAUAAAAAAGUAAAAGAAUUAAAUAAAAUUAAAAUUUAGAUUGUCAAAAAAAUAUUUCUAGCUGUAUUAUAAGUACCUACAUAAAUUGUGUAUUAAUAUUUAUAUAUUAUAAAGUAUGUAAUUCUAUAUAUUACUAUAAAAUCAUGUUAAAGAAAAGAAAAAAAAAACAUGUAAUGAGAGUUAGUUGUGUACAUAAUGUAAAGACAGUAGAUAGUUAAUUUCACAUACUAAAUACAAAUUCUGAAUAAAUGUUUUAGACAUA